AUGAGCACCCCUCGACAAAUUGUCUCCGGCGAGAUGCCUUCCUUUCUCUCCUCCGCAGUCCCUUCUUACUCGGCUCGGUCUCGAUCGCUGGCCCUCCCGUCCUCCUCGAGGCGAGGCUCAGCGAUUGCUACGGCGAUCGGCCUACGCAAGAAGAGCGAAAUCGACAUCGUCCUAGAAGGCGACGCGGAAUUCGUUCACUCGUACGCCACAUAUGACGAGAUCAAGGGCCGCGUGGACAUCAGAUUCGAGAAGGACACUUCUUUCGACGACGUCAGCAUCACAUUCGAGGGUCGGAGUUGCACAUACGUCGAGAAGAUCGCAACCACGGCCCCCACGACGGGUCGCACGACAGGGAGACAUACGUUCCUAAAAGUGCAACAGCCGAUCCCCGAAAGCCUCUUGCCGGAAGGCAGCACCUUCGAGGCGGGCGUCACUUACUCGAUCCCCUUCACAUUUGUCGUCCCCGACAGAUUACUCCCCUUCAUCUGCUCGCACAAAGCCGACCAUGAAGAGAUAAGGAAACAGCAUUUGCAGCUGCCUCCAAGCCUGGGCGACCCCAGCGUCUCCGGGGACGGUCGUACGCUGAUGGACGACCUUGCACCAGACAUGUCCAAGAUCACCUACAGCGUCCGCGCCAGAAUCACAAGGUGGAACGCCGUCGGCAGGCUGUUGGAGCUGGCCGACAAGGAGGAGCGCGUCAGGAUUAUUCCUGCGAGGGAAGAAGCGCCCCCGCUGAACACUGACGACAACCUGUCGGACCAUGUCAUGCGCAAGGAGAAGAGUGUCAGAAAGGGCCUCUUCAAGAUCGGCAAGGUGGGCAGUUUGACGGCCGAGACGACUCAACCCAGAAGUCUCCGCCUUCCGCACCCACAGAAGCGGCAGACAGAACCUGUUUCUUCAAUGGCGACCAUCCAUUUGCGCUUCGAUCCUACCUCUCCAGACGACGUUCCUCCUCAGCUGGACUCUAUCGCCAGCAAAUUGAAGGCCUAUACAUUUUUCGGCGCUGCCCCGUAUAAAAUCAUUCCAGAGGUUCGAAAACAUGACAAUUGGUCCGUUUUGCAUGGUAUCUAUCCAGAAACCGUCGCCUUAUCGUCGCGUUGUCUAUCGACUGUCUCCUGGGUCCGCCACGAUCCUUCAGACCGUGGAAGCUUCUCUUCGUCGGAUCUUUCUAGACGACCAUCGGGCUAUUCUACGACAUCGACAUCAUCGAUCCCGGAACCGACGUGCACGUAUGAAAUGGGCUCGCCUUUCUACACCGCCACUCUGCCGGUUCCGAUCGCACUUCCAACGCCAUCGAGCAGCGGCCGACCCAGAGUUUUUGUGCCGACAUUCCAUUCUUGUAUUGUUUCAAGGACUUACUCUGUUGAGCUGAACAUUUCCUUCCGUACUCCAGGUGCCAAUGUCUCAAGCAGCCAUAUUACUCUCAAGACGCCUAUACAGGUGUCGGCGGAAGGAGGAACCCCGCCCGUUCAAGUUCAGGAAACUGACGCUGCGAUCGCGGCGGAGAUCGAACAGCAAUUCGGACUGUACGAAGCUCGCCAACUGGAAGAAGCUGGCUUGGGCCUCGAAAGUCCAAUGUACGAAGAGCCUUCUCCAGCGAUGCUUAUCCCCGGCACCCGACAUCUGAGUCUUGCGGACCAUGCCGCAAUCCCAUCGCCUUCGUUUACAGCACCAGUACUUCACUCGGGCGUCGAUGCCGGCGCACCACCCGAAUACCGCGCUGGAUCUGCUUUCAACACAUACAGCGCGAGGGACAGGCCGGGAGGACCUAGAACCCAAGCUGUGAGUCUCACUGCUUCCAAAGCAUAG